AUGGGUAAAAUCUUUUCAAAACUCUUAUUUUUUCAACGUCAAGUUCCAUUUCCAAGUAGUGAAUCACAUAUCGAUUCGAUCCAAGUUUGUCAUGAUAUUUGCCGUGAGUUAUGGGGUCAAAACUUCAUUGCUCCAAUUCAUGAUGAACUAAAAAAAAAAGAUUUUAAAGUACUUGAUGUCGGAUGUGGCACCGGGUCUUGGGUAUGUGAAUUGGCUGCUGAUUAUCAAGCGUCUUGUCAUGGUAUCGAUAUCCAAUCUGUAUUUCCUACUCAAAAACCACGCAACGUGCAAUUCUAUACUGCAAAUAUUCUUAACGGAUUGCCAUUUGAUGACAACUUUUUUGAUUAUGUUCACAUUCGUUCUCUGGCCAUGUUUUUUACUAAAGAAGACUGGGAAUCUAAAGUCGUAUUCGAGUUGUUUCGAGUUUUAAAGCCUAAUGGUUACCUGGAGUUUGUAGAAUGUGAUUCAAUGAUAUACAAUAUGCCAACAAGUUUGAAUCCCUUAUGUAAAGCUGGCCACCCACUACUGCCUCCAAGUUCUUCAUCUUACUUAAUAAGAUUUGAACGUUUUCUGCAUGAUACAAAUAAGCUUGAAAAUAUUUGUCAUGAACAAAAACAAUUAAUCCUCGGUAAUUGGUCAAAUGACCCUCUACAAAACAAGUUAGGUUCCUUAAUGUCUGGGAUAAUUUGCCAGUGUUUUAGAAAUCAUCAAGAUGCAUUUUGCUCUUACAUUUCAAAAAAAGACUUUGCCAAGUUAAUAGAGCAGCUACCAAUUGAUUAUAAUUUGUUCAAGACGUACAUGGUUGUUCAUAGAUUUGUAGGUAAAAAAGUUGCCGAUUAA